UUACAAGAAAUUGCAGCAAUUAACGAAAUACAUUUAAACCAAUACCAAUAUAUACUCAUAUUACUGUCGACAACAUGUCAGAACGAAAAGCUUCGAUGCCAGGUGCAGCAUCUACAGGGAACCAUUUUGGAGAAAGAGCAAUGUAUAGGAAAGCUAAAUAGUAUGCUAGACCAACUACGAUGCGAACAGCAAGGUACCAACGACUGUUGCCUCAAAACUAAAGAUAAGGAAAUACGAGAGUUGUGUCAGAAGUUGGAACAGGCGAAUAAGAAGAUUGAAUCACUUGUAUGUGAACUGGAACAAAGUCAAAAUCAGGAGCGGUUUUUGCUUUGCGAAACUCGUAAACUAAACGAAGAAUUGAAUGACAGUAAACGGAAACACGAUAACUUAAGUACACAGAUGCAUCGAUUGAAUACACUAUUGAAGUCCCAAAAUGAUUGUCGGACAGAUAUUUGUAAAAAAUAUGAAGAACUGGAACGAAGCUAUGAGGAUCAGGCAAAACAGUUACGAACCGCCUGUGCGCAAAUGAAUUGCCUACAAGAACGUUUAGCACUGAUGGAUAAACGACAAGAGGAGCAUAACAUGGAGCGUAAUCUAUUAAGAGAUGAGGUACUGGCUUUGAAAGAAAAAGAGGCCACAUUACUAAACAAACAAAGAUGUCUGGCGGAUAAAUUAAUGAAGACCGAAAAUGAGUUAUUUACGGCUCACGAUGUAAUGAAGGAGCAGCAACAUAUCAUGCAACGCAGUGAAUCUACACAAAAAGACUGUACAAUGCGACUUCAAGAGGCGAACAAUGAGCUAAAGCGACAAUUCAACGUACUUUGCGAUGACUACAAGCAGCUCGAGAACGAGUACAGAAAACAAUGCGAACUUCGCAAACAAAAUGAGAAGGUUAUAGAUUCAUUUCGAAAAUGGAAGGAAGCGCAGCUUAAAGCUGAUGACGCGACUCGAGCAAGUUUUAAGCAGUAUGAGGGGCACAUUAAACUUUUACUGGAGGAAAAACAACAAUUCACAGAACAGUAUCGUUGUCUGCAUGGAGAUUACCUUGCGCUGCAGAAUGAAUUAGAAAGAAUAAAAAUGUGCGCAUACAGGUUAAGCAAUUCUGGACCUUCUUCGAAUAUUUCAGAUAAAUCGAUGCCUCAGCGCAUUGAAUUAAUUCGAAGCACAUCAUUGCGCGUUUCGCAGAAGGGCAGUUCUUUAAAAUGUGAUGACACAACCCAAGAAGCAUCUGUAUCGAGAAACCCCCUGUGAGGUUACUCGCUAAACAUGAUCAUCAAGCAAUAAAGUAUAUUAACUUCGGAAUUUAGAUAUUUAGGACAGCUAUGUAGAGCGCCACUGCUUGGGAUAUUCAGCAUUGAAAGACCCUGAUAGUCGUAUAACCGAAAUACAAUGUCGACGAAUGUGAAUCACAUAUAUGUAUAUUACCUACUUAAUUAAUUUGAGUAUAUUAACUAGUUGUGUUCUGAGUUGAGUUUAUAAACAACUAAAUGUGGGAAUAUGUAUAUAUACAUUAUAUUUAUCUAUACAUAUAUAUAUGUACGAAUAUACUUUUAACUAUAUAUACAAAUUAAAAUAUUUUUAGUACACAUAUUUAUUUUUUGACAAUGUUCGUUUUAUGGUAAAUAUGUCACAUACGUAUCAAAGCAAAAUAUAUUGCUUUCAAAUUAGAUUAGCAAAUAUUCUUAAAAAAAUUGUAUAUUUAUGGCAAAAAAAUCAAAACGUGGAAAUAAAAAGACACCAUUUUAAUUAAACGCUAUAAUGUAUAGUAUAAAAUAUGUAUUUUAGGAUUGCAUGUUUACCAUAAAAUGUUGGAUAAGUCCGAAAACUUUUAUAUAUGUGUGUAUUGACACAUGAUUUUUUAAUUUUGAAUUUUCAAGAAAAUGGUUUGGUAUGGAUUUAGGAAUGAAAUUGGAGAGUUUCUAUAAGUCAUUGUCGAACUUAGCACGUAGAAUUUUUUAUGUUCAAAGAAAUGCUUAAAGCUUAAAAGCUUUGUACAUUAGCUUAUUUUUAAAUUUUUUAAUGUUUCCAUAACCAUCUGGGCAUUGACUUCAAUAUUAUGGAUAUAUUGUCCAUGUUAAUUUUAUGUAUUUAUAAUUUGUUAUAAUAUAUAUUAUAUUAUAUAAUUAAUACUAGUUGUUUGUAACACCCAAAAACAAGACGAGUAACUGCCUGCCCGUCCGCCUGUGCAAACGAUAACUUGAAUAACAACUGAGAUGGAAAUUGAAAUUUGUUCAUUUAGGUAAAAUCUUAUAUCUCAGGAACUAUUGAACCAAUUCCAACCAAAUUUGGUGCAUAACAUCCUGAUAUUCUUUCUUGAGGUUUAUAUUUAAAAAUGAUUCACACAAAUAUUUGUCAAUUGAAUGAAAUAUGAAUUUCCAUUUGGCAUUUCAAUGAAAUGUAUUUUUUUUUUCAAUUUUGGAAACAUACUUCUGUUAAGAAAUAUAAUUUUAAUUUAUUUAUGAAUUGUUUUAAUGUUAAAAUAUUGAGAUCUAAACUAUUUUAUCCUUAAAGUUGGAUCAAACAGGACACAGUGUGUUACUAAAAUCGAUUCAGUAGUUUAGGAUUUAACUGAAAGUUCAAAAGCUAGUUAUAUUAAUAUACCUUAAAAUCAUAAAAAAAUAUUUAAAUAUUGUAUAAAU